AUGAAGAUCGCCGCGACACUCGCUGCUAUCGUGAGCACGCUGGCCGUGCUUGCGCCGCUUUCUGCCGCAUCCCAGUCCGCCGUCGAACGGGACAGUGUUGCGGUCUACGAGGCCGAGCUCGAAUCUAGAAGUGCCUCCUCGUGUGGAGUCGGUAGCAGCCGCAAACAUCAUCACAAAAAGGGCAAGAAGAAGAACAAGCAUAAGACGAGUUCGGCACGACCCAGCCACUACUACUCGAGCACCAUCGAGAAGGCAUCUCCCUCGACCAGCCCCAAGACAUCGAACCCGGCAGCCUCGACAAGCACGCCUUCCUCCAGCACUGGUACUGCAUCGCUGUCGACCUUCGAACAGACCAUGUUGAGCAUGCACAACGCGGAUCGAGCCAAGCACUCGGCCUCGGCGCUGACGUGGGAUGCCACGCUCGCCUCGGCUGCAGCCAAAUGGGCCGCAGGCUGCAAAUGGCAACACACUCCCAACAACCCGUACGGCCAAAACAUCGCGGCGGGCACAGCGAGCGGUUUCGGCGCCAAGGACUCGUGCACCAUGUGGUACGACGAAGUGUCGCAGUACGACUUCAGCACGGCUCAGUACAGCGAUGCUACGGGCCACUUUACGCAGAUGGUAUGGAAGGGGACAAAGAGGUUGGGUUGUGCGAUCCAGAGUUGCUCCGCUAGCCAGAUGGGGUUGGGGUCGUCCGGCAGCGCGCAGUAUGUCGUGUGCAACUAUGACCCGCCUGGAAAUGUUAUUGGACAGUUUAAGGAGAACGUGUUGGCCAGCUGA